AUGCUUUGGUCCCUUGCCGGUUUAAUUUUGCUGACGUUGUUGGCUCUUCCAACAUCCUCGUUAACUCCAAAAGAAACGUGCGACCUAUGUCAAAUUGCGUUACGCACUGUAUUCGGUCAUUUUGGAGGUAAUAUUCCGAGCAGAAGAAAACUCGUCCAUCAACUCAAACAUGAAUGUAAACGACAUUUCAAUUAUCGUCGACGAUGUCUUCUGCUCAUGAAGGUGAACUCUGAUUUGAUAUUCCGAGAAAUGACGGAUGGAUCUUUCAAACCUAUGGAGGUCUGCCUCAUAAUGAGGGAAUGUAAUCCGCAUGAUUCACCACUGGAACCGGAAAUGAUCGACAAAUCUGGACAACCUGAAGCAUUUGCUCUUGUAUCAUCUUCCGAUGAUAACUAUGAUACGUCCGAGGAAUGA